AUGAACUCAACACCUGGACGCGUGCAGGUACGGAGUCUUGAUUCUCCUUUUGCCGUUGUUGCUGCAAAGAACUUCUUCAAGUCGGAGAAAGCCAACCUUCUGUGGAACUGUAAAGGAAGCGCCGUGUUGGUACUAUCUAGCACUGAGGUAGAUGCUUCUAACCAGUCAUAUUAUGGUGAACAGCAUAUAUAUCUUCUGAACUUGACUACACAAGAAUCAUUUCAAGUAAAUGUACGUAAGAAGGGUCCCGUACAUACAGCGAAGUGGAGUCCUACUGGGAAAGAGUUUUGUGUUUGCUACGGAUACAUGCCCGCCAUGGUGAGCCUGUACAAUUUGAGAGGAGAUGAGACAUUCCAUGUCGAAGAGGGUCCACGCAAUGAUGCUUUUUAUAACAAUUUCGGAAAUAUUUUAUUAACAUGCGGCUUUGGCAACCUGGGAAAAGGGAAGAUGGAGUUCUGGGAUGUAGAAAAGAAGAAACAAAUUGUUGCUUUGAGUAUUCAGAUUGAAGUCCCAAAUACGACAAUAUUUGAGUGGGCUCCCGAUGGUCAACACUUUGUUACAGCUACCACAACGCCGCGCCUUCGCAUUGAUAACGGGUAUAGGUAG